UUGAACAUGACAGACCUCCGCUUAAUGUACCACUACACGACACAGGUCUGGCCAACCAUCACCGCCGCAGGCAUCUCUGAGGAAAAAAUCUGGAGCACAGACAUUCCUGAGCUCGCAUUCCACUACCCGUUUCUCAUGCAUCUGAUCCUCGCAUUUAGCGCAACGCACUUGUCACGCACGGAAAAAGGGCUCGAACAGGCCGUUACGUGCCACCGUGGUGACGCCCUCCGACUUCUUCGCGAGGCUGUAUUAGAGAUGUCGGUGGAAAACACCGAUGCGCUCGUCGCGAGCGCGCUCAUUCUCAUCAUGGACUCGCUUGCAAACGCGUCGCUCCCCACGUCCACUUCGCAGAAGCUGAUGCCAGCGUCUGCAUGGAUCUUCCACGUGAAAGGAGCAGCGACCAUUCUCACGGCGGUCUGGCCGCUCAGCGAGUCUUCGCGCUUCCACAAGUUUAUCUCAGUGGACUUGGGCGACUUGGGCGACAUCAUGAACCAGGGACCACAAGAGGGCUCCCUCACCGGGCUAGAGUGUUUCGACGAGGAGAUUGCGGACAUGUAUCCGGUCGCGACCUCCUCACCAUACUUGAUCACGCUCGCAUAUAUGAAUAAGUUACACUUGGAGCGGUACAAAUCUGACUUUAUCCUUCGGGUUUUCGCGUUUCCCGCGUUGUUGGAUAAGUCGUUUCUUGCGAUGCUCAUGACGGGGGACUUGAAGGCCAUGCGGAUUAUGCGGUCGUAUUAUAAAUUGUUGCGUAACUUUACGGCCGAGAUGAAGGACCGCGUGUGGUUUUUGGAGGGCUUGUCGAACGUGUUGCCGGUAAAUGUAGAAGAAUAUGCGGGGGGUGGGGGGUUGCAUAUGAUGUUGGAUUUUUUGGGAGGUGGGGUUAGUGUUGAGGAGGAGGAA